GGAGGGAGGGAAGGAGGGAGGGAGGGGGAGGCGGCGGCAGCCAUGGAUGAUCAGGGCUGCCCGCGGUGCAAGACCACCAAGUACCGCAACCCUUCCUUGAAGCUGAUGGUGAACGUCUGCGGGCACACGCUAUGUGAGAGCUGUGUGGAACUGCUGUUUGUGAGAGGGGCUGGGAAUUGCCAGGAGUGCGGUACCCCCCUGCGGAAGAGUAACUUCAGGGUACAGCUCUUUGAGGAUCCUGCUGUUGACAAGGAAGUGGAAAUUCGGAAGAAAGUGCUGAAAAUAUACAAUAAAAGAGAGGAUGACUUUCCCAGUCUAAGUGAAUAUAAUGAUUUCCUGGAAGAAAUAGAAGAAAUUGUAUUUAACUUGACCAACAAUGUGGAUUUGGAGAACACCAAAAGGAAAAUGGAGCUGUACCAGAAGGAUAACAAAGAAGUCAUUCAGAAAAAUAAAAUAAAACUGACACGGGAGCAGGAAGAGCUGGAGGAAGCUUUAGAGGUAGAACGGCAGGAAAAUGAACAAAGGCGACUGCUUAUACAGAAAGAAGAACAACUACAACAGAUAAUAAAAAGGAAGAACAAGCAGGCACUCUUGGAUGAACUGGAGAGCUCCAGUCUUCCUGCUUCGCUACUUUUAGCUCAGCAUAAGGACAGAUCUGCUCAGCCAGAACUGCAACUGGAAAAACCCAAACCUGUCAAACCAGUCACGUUUUCCACUGGCAUCAAAAUGGGUCAGCAUAUUUCAUUAGCUCCCAUUCAAAAGCUAGAGGAAGCUUUGUAUGAGUAUCAGCCUCUGCAAGUGGAGACAUAUGGUCCACAAGUUCCAGAUCUUGAAAUGCUGGGAAGGCUGGGGUAUCUCAACCACGUACGAGCCGCCUCUCCGCAGGAUCUUGCUGGGGGCUACACUUCUUCUCUUGCUUGUCACCGAGCCUUACAGGAUGCUUUCAGUGGCCUUUUCUGGCACCCCAGUUAGCCAGUGGGCAUCAGCCGGUGAUCAAAGGACACCGAACGGAGGGAAAAGCCAGUCAAGCCAGCAAAGGUUGGGUAAAAUUGCUGCCAUCUGCACAACGGCUAAGCUGCAGACACUUUUCUGUGUAAAACCAGCUGUGUUUAAGUGUUAAAGGAAAAAAAAACAACCCAUCUGCAUGAGAGCUUUGUAAAAUGGUAGAUACAUUUUUGUGGAGGGGGAAACUCGUUAGUCAUGUGGCACUUUGCUGAGGGAGGCUGAAGCAAUAAGCCACAUCUAAUGGAAGAUGUGAAUAACUCAGCUGUAUAUGUUUGAGGUUUAAAGAAAUACACUUGUAAAUUUUUUUUAAAUAAAGACAGACUUUUUUAUUGAA